CGAACCACUUCUUUUUAGCCAAACAAAACAAGGAAUUAAAUUACGUUGGAAAACCCUUUAUCCCUUAAAAAAGAAUACUUAUUCAAGUUUGUUAUUCUCUUUUUUUUCCGACGUUGAAAUUCCUUUGGUUAUAUGAAGACAUAUACGCAAAUCAAACUUAUUUGACUGUGGCAAUUUAAGCGAAAGUACGUCUGGGUUCGUUUCAUUACGUUAUACUGAUACCAUACAUUUAUUUGUGUUGUUUGGUAAGUUUCGCUAUAUCGAAGAGUAGCAAAGUGGGGACAUGUGCUAUACCAACCUAUAGAGAAAAGAAGGGACAGUUAUAAUAUAAUAUGGAUAAUAUUAAGUAGUAUAUUAUAAGUGCGUGAAAUUAUUGAAUUUUUUUCUUUACCUUUUUUAUUUUCUUUUCUCUUACGCUGAAUCCUCUGGAAUUGGUUUCUGAGAAGACCUUGUUUCAUUAUGGCUGAUGUCAAGGGAAUGCUUAGGCAACGUUAUCAUGAACUCCUCGAUUGGCAGGUUAAAAGCCCUCAUGUCCCUCUUUCCCAACGUAUCAAGCAUUUCACUUGGAGUUGGUUUGCUUGCACAAUGGCAACGGGUGGUAUUGGUUUAGUCAUAGGAACAUUUCCCUUCCGAUUUCGUGGAUUAGAUACUAUUGGUAAAAUUGUAUAUAUCUUCGAUAUCUUCCUCUUGGCCUUAUUUAGCUGCUGCAUGAUCGUUCGGUUCGUUAAGUAUCCUGGCACUUUUUUAGGCUCUUGGAAACACUUUCAGGAAAAAUUUUUUAUAGCUACUUGUCUACUGUCCUUUUCUUCGUUUAUCGACAUGUUUGCUGUCUAUGCUAUGCCGAAUACGGGAGAAUGGAUGAUAUGGGUGAUUCGAAUUUUCUUUUAUAUUUAUCUCGCUGUUACCUUUCUUUACGGUACCUUUGCUUACUACACCAUUUUUAGAGACCAUGUGUACACUUUAGAAGGUGCUGCUCCUACUUGGGUACUUCCAAUUUUCCCAUGUAUGAUUACUGGUGUUGUUUCUGGGUCUGUUGUUAGCAGUCAACCGUCCGCUCAACUAAAAAACAUGGUGAUUCUCGGUAUCAUGUUCCAAGGUCUCGGUUUCUGGGUAUACCUUUUGGUUUAUUCUAUUCUUAUACUUCGUUUCUUCACCAUCGGUUUCGCAAAACCAGCAGAACGCCCUGGUAUGUUUAUUCUUGUAGGUCCUGCGGGGUUCACAGGUUUGGCAUUAAUUAACAUGGCUCGUGGUGCCAUUGCUACCCGUCCUAAUAUCUUUGCAAGUGCUAAUUCCUCCGAAUAUUUUGCAUUUACGAGCACCUUCUUGGCCCUCUUCAUCUGGGGCUUAGGUGCUUGGACUUACUGUUUCGCUAUGGUAAGUUUUGUCGCUGGUUUAUUUAGUCAUCAACCCAUGAAAUUCAGCAACACUUGGUUUGCGAUGAUUUUCCCAAACGUUGGUUUUGUUCUUUGUACUGUUCGAAUUGGUCAAAUGAUUAAUUCCAAGGCUUUCACUCUAUUUGGUCACAUUAUUUGUGUUAUUCUAUGUAUUAUGUGGCUCAUCCUAAUGUAUAUGAUGAUUCGUGCAUUCCUCGUGAACGAUCUUAUGUAUCCAGGGAAAGAUGAAGAUUCUAAAAGUCCUGCUGAGUCAAGACCAAUUGCUGUAGAACCUGAAAAGUUUGGAAUACCUAAGUCCCAACCUGAAAACAGUUUGGAUGUUGAAAAGGCAGAUAAUCCCUUGGACAGUGCUAAUCAUGGUGCGGAUCAUGAUCGCGACUCUUCUUCUACUGUUCAUCAUCGUUGAUACCAUUAUUUGUCUCCUAUUAAACCCUUAAAAUGUCAUCUUAAUAAAUGGAUACUAUAUUUACUGUUCUUUUUUUUUUUACUUUUCUCCAUAGCUUCGCGUUUAUUGAUUUGUACUUUUUCGAAUAUAAUGCUAAUGAUGCGAACAUUUUGGAACUAUUAAUGGUGACUAAUAAGCUUUGAGUAUCCUAUUUAACCAUAGAUAUACGGUAUUCUACUGUUAUAGACAUUCGUUCAGAACUAUUUCGGAAGCAUAUAAGAUUUAUUCUACCUCUUUCGUUGUACCUAACUAGCCAUUAGAUUUGGGAAAGUGAAAAUUAUUUAUUUUUCUAAAAACAGAGGUCUCGUUUAAUAAAAUUUUGGUGAUAUUGCAUUAUCUUUCGC